GUGGUGGUGUGCGAUGAGGGCCACAAGAUUAAGAACGCGGCCUCAAAGAUUUCCAAAGCUCUUAAGCAGAUCCGGACCCGACGCCGAGUCAUACUGACGGGUACGCCACUGCAAAACAAUUUGCUAGAGUACUGGUGCAUGGUCGACUUUGUGCGGCCCAACUUUCUUGGACACCAAAACGAGUUUAAGACAAUGUUCGACAAACCCAUCAAAAACGGUCAGUGCGUGGACUCGACUCCCGAUGACAUCCAAGUCAUGAAAGAGAGAGCCUUUGUAUUGCACGACACGAUGAAGUAUUUUGUUCAACGCCGAAGCCAUGAUGUGGUGAAGGAAACACUUCCUCCGAAGCGGGAGUUUAUAAUCCUUUGCCGCUUUACACACAUCCAGAAGGAGCUGAUGGAGGCGUUUAUCGGCACCGCUAUCGAUAAUCCCGAUAUUAUCGGCCGAAUGGACGGCAAAAGGAUAUCUAUUCUGACACUGUUUGCCAACUGCACGAAGAUCUGGAACCAUCCCGACAUCUUCUACAAAGUAGUCCGCGAAGGUAUCGCCAGUCAGGGCCAGGACUUGGAAGAGGCGCUGAGCGAUGAUAACGAGGCCAGGAAUGGGAUAGAAAUGAACAAAAUAGCGAACCGAAUGACCGACUAUUCAUUCGCCGCGCCUAUAGUGGAGGGCUAUCGGCGAGAAUUGAUUGAAAACUCUUACAAAACAAUGCUUUUGUUUGAGAUAAUAAGAGAGAGUAUAGAAGUCGGCGAUCGACUUCUGGUGUUCAGCCAAUCGUUGUUGACAUUAGAUUUAAUUGAGAUAUUCUUGGAGUCGCGAGACGUGCCGCUGACGGCCCGGCGUUGGCGUAAAGAUGAGAAUUACUACCGUUUGGACGGCUCGACACCCGCUAAACGGCGCGAUCUUUACAUCAAACAGUUUAACGAAUCAGAAAAAGUUAAAUUGUUUCUGAUCUCUACCCGAGCGGGUGGUCUGGGCAUCAAUCUGACCGGUGCUAAUCGUAUAGUCGUGAUGGACGCCAACUGGAAUCCUUGUCACGACAGUCAGGCCGCGUGUCGUAUCUACCGCUACGGACAGCAAAAGCCGUGUUUUAUAUACCGUUUGGUAUGCGAUAAUUCAUUGGAGAGGAAAAUAAGUAACAAACAGGUCUGCAAACAAGGGAUGGCUAAGCGAGUGGUCGACGGACACGUGAUUGAGGGUGUCUUCGCCUGGAAUGAGAUCCAAGCACUGCUCCAAAACUUACGUUCUAUCGCUGAGCCGCCCGUCAAGACGUAUACUGAAAACCAAGUGUCGCAUCUGAACGACCCUCUUCUCGAGCGGAUCUGUUGUGACUUUGGUUUUGCGAUAACAGCUAUUCCUCGUGAAUAUGAUUCACUUCUUGAGGACCGCAAAGACCAGGUGCUGACCGACGGCGAGAAGAGGAACGCUUUUGUGGCCUUUGAGGACAGGAAGCGAAAUAUGUUUUCGCAACCGAUACCCACUUCACCGCAAACUGAUUUCCAUUAA